AUGAAGAGCCAUAUCUUUGCAACUACUCUUUUAGGAUCAGUAGGCAUUGCUUCGGCAGCCGAAUAUCCUUCGAUGGUUAUGGACACUUGGUGCAUUACGUACCUAUCAACCUAUCUUGCUCCAAUAUCUGGUCAGCCCAGUUUGUCACCGUCAAGACACUUGACAUUUUUCGGAAACAGUUCCACUGCAACGGUCUCGAACACAGACGAGCAGAGCAUAAUUGCUUCGGAACCUGGAACAACGCCUGACUUCUCAAGCUUCAAUGUAGCACCAACCGAAGCACAAACUGGCUCUGGGGCGCCAUCUUCUGGUUCAAUAACCGAGCCAAUUAUCACACCUUCAGUGUCUACAACGGACAUAACCUCUUCCGCCUUGCCCACCUCAACCGGUAUUGUCGAACCACCCGGACGAUCUGUCAUCUUCCUCAUACAGGCAUCCAAUGAUCAAAAACGCGAUAUUGGAAAACGAGAAGCUGAAGGCUUUGUUGGCGCUGAUAACCCCGACAUUUGCACCUUUGCUUUGGUCUUCAAUUUGGCUGAAGGCCAGCUCUUUGUUGGCGGUUUACCGACGUUUUACGCUGGCGAGGAUUACAAGGCGCUGGGUGUCCAAGACGAAGACUCUUUUAUCCAGGGCGCCAUUACGAGAACCUUUGGAACUACAGGCCGAACACUUUUCUUCAGGAACUCAGACCUACCAAAUGGCGAGGCAGGUUUCUGUCAGGACUCUAGUGGUCAAGUGUACAUCACUUUUACUAGUAGUCCUCCUGGAUGCUUCCCAGUUACUCUGGGUGUCUACGACGUUACACAAUGUCAAAAUGGUCGGCUUGUAGGUUUUGAGACUUCGACUUCUGCUUUGGCAGUCUCCUCUGAGGCAAGCACGACUGAGAAUGUCAGUUCCGGAAGUGUCAGUAGUGGAGAGUCUACAACAGCAGAAACGACCGUAUCUACAGAGUUCAGUUCUCUCAGCUCUGUUGAGCCAAGUAGUACCCUCUCCGAAACAUCUGAUUCUGAAGCUUUUACCACCGCUUCUUCCCAGAUUGUUGAUACAUCUGCCCCAGCCUCUUCACAAGUAUCUGUUUCUGGGGCAUCUUCCACCGUUUCUUCCCAGAUCGUUGAUUCAUCUACCUCAGCCUCUGCGCAAUCAACCAGUUCUGAAUCCUCCACCGUUUCUUCCCAGGCUAUCAGUUCAUCUGCUUCAACCUCUGGACUUGAAGCGCCCACCACGGUUUCUUCCGAGCUUGUUCCGUCGUCUGUCACCACCCAAUCGUCCAUUUUCUCCAGCGACUCGACUACUGAGGCAUCGUCGUCUACUGAGCUGGAGAUUUCAAGUUCGCUCACCAGCACGUCAGAGGGAUCAACCGGUACGACCACUGCAACUUCAGUUGGCUCAACCACAGAGACCCCGACUGAGCCAGCUAGUUCAGCUAGCUCAAGUACGUUCUCGAGUGCUGAAGAGACUACUUCAAACCCAUCGACGACAAUAUCAGAGUCUUCAACAGAGAUCACAUCUACUACUACCGAGGCCAGUACCGCAGACACCACUACUGAUCUCAUGACGACUACGACCACUGCCGCGCUGAGUGAGUGCCGCAGCGACAGCAAUCCACACACCGAAAGUGGUGUCGACUUUGAUCUCUCCUGUGAUAACAGUAUCACAAGCGGUACAUCGAUAGGGGUAGUCCAGGCAAACAGUUUCAACCAGUGCGUGUUCUUCUGCGCUCAAUCGUCUAACUGCGCUGCUAUACAAUAUGAAAAGGCUACAAUGCUCUGUAGCGGAUUCAGUUCAUUCACUGGAACUUCGGGGAACGCUCAGUUCGACGUUGCAGUAAAGCAGGUUGCUACUACGACUACGACCACUGCUUAG